AUGGAACAAGCUAUGAGAACGACAUGUCGCACACGAUUAACGAGACUAAUUAAUGUGGCUAACGAAUUAGUAAAACUGGAAGUGUUUGACUGUAAAGAAGCUGCUGUGCUUGUUGUUAGAAUAAAAUCGGCUCGAGACAGUUUGAAUAUCGCUAACGAGAAAGUGGCUGCAUUUAUUGAAAACGAGCAAAUCGAGGCCGAGUGUGAAAAAAUAAUGGAGUACGAAGAUAACGCAGUGACAGCAAUAGCCAGAAUGGAGCAUCGAAUCGCGGAAUGCAAAACGAGAGUGCAAGCAGCCGUAGAAGACGAACCGGAGCUAGGAGCUUCAGCGUUGAGGUUUACGGCGCUUGACAAUGCAGGGUGUCAGCAAUCAGUAGCGGCUAACAACGGGGAAUUUUCACAAAAUAAAAUGUCGGUGAGAUUACCAAAAUUAGAUUUGAUAAAAUUCAGUGGUGAUUAUCACCAAUGGCCGGCAUUUUGGGAGCAAUUUAGUUCAGCUAUUCACACGAACGAUUCACUAAGUGAGACUGAUAAAUUUGCAUAUUUAAAAUCUGUUCUAUCUGGUAAUGCAGCGAUAACCAUUCAAGGGCUCACAUCUGGUAGAACUAGCUAUAAAGAUGCCGUUCAGCUGCUCAUUGAAGAAUAUAGCAAUAUAGACAAGAUUGUCGAUACUUAUAUUCAACAACUUUUAUCGUUAACGCCGAUAAAAAGUAGAUGUGAUAUCUUGUCUUUAAGGAAGCUUUACAAUACCACCUCAAAAAUAAUUAUGUCAUUGCAAACGUUAGGAAUUCCUGCUAAUAACUAUGGAAUGAUGGUUAAGUCAAUAGUUUUGAAAACUUUGCCAUUUUCAAUGAGAGUUGAGGUUAACAAGCAGCAAGCCAUUGAUGGUUUUAACAAAAGAAAUAACGGACAGGAAAAUGAAAGUGACGCACAAUCAAUAACAGGUUAUGAUGCGUCAGGAAUUUAUCACGGAAAAUUAGCAACAGUGUCAUAUGAAAGGGAAAUUGCUACACUUUUAUCGUUUAUAAAACUAGAAGUGGACUCUGUCGAACGAGCACGUGUUGCGUCGGGAGAAAAGACUAUUGAGAAACAGGAAGUGAAUAAGACUCGCGAAAAACCAAACUUUUACCGUAAUAAAGACUCUUCGUUUACCGCGGCAGGGUUACUUACAGCCAUUAAUGAACAAUGUCUGUUUUGUAAAUCUAAAGAACAUGCUAGUGUGAACUGUGACGGAACUUUGACUUUACAACGAAAAAAGGACAUUUUAAAAGCGAAUAAUCGGUGUUUUAGGUGCACAAAAGCAAACCAUAAUUCUCGUGUCUGUCGAACAAAGAUAGUAUGUUCAAGAUGUAAAAAUAAACAUGCUACUUCUAUGUGUGACCCGAACUAUAUAAAAGCAAAGAGCAGCACCAACGAUGUACCAAGUAACGUUAACGAAUAUACAGCAUCUACGUCUACCAAUUUGUUUACUAAUGAAAAAGUGAGCAAUAUUUACCUUCAGACUGCUUGUGCACGUAUCGUGUUGGGAAGCUGCGAGAAUAAAGGUGAUGAUGUAUCUGUACGGUUAGUCUUAGACGGAGGCAGUCAGCUGACUUUUAUAAAAGAGUGCGUGUCGAGGGAACUGAACUUACCGGUGAUAGGAACUCACAAAAUCGCGAUUAUGACAUUCGGAAAAAAUGAAAUGGCACCCGCGCGGUUGUGCAAACGAGUGGCCUUGACGUUGCAAGGGCUUUAUGACAAUAGUGAACCCAUCAAAAUGAGCGCUGUGGAGGUACCGGAAAUUUGUUUUGACUCCCUGGUAGCACCUUCUACGUCGGAUCCCCUUCUGCAAAAUUUCAGUAGACAGCAUCAGCUGGCAGACGCGUGUUCAAGUGAUUCGGAUGUUUUACCAGGCAUAUCCAUAUUAGUAGGAGCUGACGCGUAUUGGAAGAUUGUGACUGGAGAAGUGAAAAGGCUCUCAGCGUCAUUAACGGCUACUAAUACGAAAUUUGGCUGGAGUAUUCAUGGUGGUAGUAACGAGUAUACAUUUGCAGCAAAUAUGGUCAACAUACUUCAUGUACAGGUUGAUUCAUAUGAUAAUAGUGACUUUGACAUAAGGAAAUUCUGGGAAUUGGAGACUAUCGGAAUAAAGCAACCUGCAGAUCAAAUAGAAUUUAAUACAGACAAAUUUAUAAAUGAAAAUAUAACAUUCAAGAAUAGUCGUUAUACAGUAAACUUACCGUGGAUCGAAAAAGUUAGGAAACUUGAUUCGAAUUAUAUUGGUGCUUUGAACCGAGUCAAAUCCUUAACAAAGAAGCUUAUCCGAAAUGAGACAUUGCUAGAAUAUGACCGAGUGAUAGGAGAAUAUUUGAAAAAUGACUGUUCAGAACUAGCACCCUUAUUAACUAAAGAAAGCGAAGCUUACUAUAUGCCUCAUAGACCUGUCUAUAGAGAUGACAAGGAGACAACUCGUAUUCGUUGUGUAUAUGACGCCUCUGCACAUAUGCCAGGUUUUCCGUCAUUGAAUAAUUUGUUGUGCACCGGUGAAAAUUUAGUACCAUUGCUUCUAACGAUUUUAAUCAAUUUUAGAAUUGGAAAAAUAGGCCUUACAGCUGAUAUAGAGAAGGCUUUCCUGCAAAUUGAAUUAAAUGAAUCCGAACGCAAUUAUCACAGAUUACUGUGGUAUGAUAAACCCGUGACUGACUCGUCAAAAUUACCGAAUCUGACAGAGUAUCGUAUGAAGAGAGUAACGUUUGGCGUUACAUGCAGUCCCUUCCUACUAGCGGCAACUUUGAGAAAGCAUUUAACGACACAACCUGUAGAAUUCCAACAAGUGAGUGAUAUUCUCUUGAAAUCAUUUUACGUCGAUGAUUUAGUCGUAGCAGCUGACAAUAUAGAUUCUGCUUGUCAAAUUUAUGAGCAAGGAAAGCUAAUUAUGUCUAAAGCUAAUAUGAACCUACGGAAAUGGUCAACUAACGAUAUUAAGUUAAGAGAAAAAUUUGAAGAUGAACUAACGGCUAAUAAGAUGACACAAAAGGUACUUGGACUCCUAUGGUACGUUGAUCUGGAUGAAAUAGGAAUAGAUAUAUCUUCUAUAUUGAAAUGUAUUCAAGAUGGCGGACAAGGACCUGCAUCGAAACGUAAUAUGCUGAAGAUAGUGUCCAAGGUAUAUGACCCACUGGGUUUUGCAUCACCAUAUGUCAUAAGAGCAAAAAUUCUACUGCAGAAAGUUUGGAAAUUAAACUACGGCUGGGAUGAUGUGCUACCGGAAAAUCUGGCUAGUGAAUGGAAUGAAUGGGUUCAUGAAAUACAGGAACUAUGGAAUCUGACAAUACCGAGAUGUGUAGGUCAGAAAGCUUCGACCUCUUUCACCGAACUUCAUGUAUUUUCCGAUGCUAGUCCUCUCGCUUAUGGAGCAGUUGCAUAUCUUAAAACGCUUAUUGAAAAUAAUGAAGUAAUGUGCAACAUUUUAGUAGCAAAAAGCAGAGUGGCUCCGAUAAAUAAAAGGGGUGAUAAAACAUUAACACUGCCCAGACUAGAGUUGACAGCAGCUCUUUGUGCAGUUAGAUUGCAGAACUUCAUCUUAAAAAGUUUGGAUAUUGACGUGAAAUCUUGUAUUUUAUGGACAGACUCCAAAAUUACGUUGCACUGGAUAAAUGGAAGAGCCAGCAAAUGGAAACCGUACGUUUGCCAUCGUGUAACCGAAAUUCAAAAUUUGACCGUUGGCGAGUGGAGACACUGCCCUGGGUCCGAAAAUCCAGCAGACUUAUUGACAAGAGGACUUAAAGUAAGGGUUCUUACCGAAUCAAAGUUUUGGCAAUACGGACCUACCUGGUUAGUGAAAGAUAGAACCGAAUGGCCCCUCAACGAUAGUUACGUGUCAUCAGAGCAAGUAUCAGUCUUUGUAGUGCAGACAAAUAUUAAAGAGGAUCAAGAAACAAUAUUUCCAAUAGAACAUUACAGUGAUUUUGGGAAAAUAUUGAGAAUAACUUCUUACGUAUUAAGAUUUAUAAAACGUUUAAGAAAAUCUGAAGAAUUAUUCAUUGAUAAAGAUGUAAAAGCAAAAGAAUUACAAGAAAGUGAAGAAUAUUGGAUAAAAGUUACGCAAAACCAUAAAUUUAAGGAAGAGUUAACUUCUCUAAAGGUAGAUGGGAAAGUAAACGCACAUUCUAAGAUUUUAACGUUGAGUCCAUUCUUAGAUGGGCGUGGGAUUUUACGUCUAGGUGGACGUCUUCAAGAAUCACUACUAUCUUACGAAACUAAACAUCCCAUUAUCCUACCGAAGGUGUCUAUUGUGACUGAUAGAUUAAUUUGGACUUCCCAUAUAGUAACCAAGCAUGGAGGAGUUAAUUCCACCUUGACGCACUUGCGAGAAAAGUAUUGGAUAAUACAGGUUAGACAGCGGGUGAAGACAGUGCUGUAUUCAUGCUUAAAGUGCAGAAAACUGAGAAGUAAACAUGCAAAUGAACAUUUUGCUCCAAUCCCAAGAAGUAGAUUAAACACCGUAUCACCAUUUAACGUAAUAGGCAUAGAUUUCGCCGGACCUUUGUUUGUAAAGUCAGAAACUGGAAAUACUAAGGUUUAUAUAAUGCUACUCACUUGCGCAGUGGUGCGAGCUGUACAUUUAGAACUUGUUCCUGACUUAACUACGGAAAGUUGCAUUAGGGCGCUGCGUCGAUUUAUAUCUAGAAGAGGCGUGCCUGAAAUAAUAUAUUCAGACAAUGCAAAGACGUUCAAGAGAACUGCAAUGGAAAUCAAAGAACUCUCAAAGAUCUUGUGUGAGCACGAAGUGCAACAGAUGGCUGCUCGAAAACGAAUAGAAUGGAGAUUCAUAGUGGAACGUGCUGCAUGGUGGGGUGGUUUUUGGGAGAGACUUGUCAAAAGUGUAAAAGAUGCCCUUAAAUUGACCCUGGGUAAAACCUCUGUAAACUACGAUGAACUUCAAACUAAUCUAGCUGAAAUAGAGGCUACAAUAAAUCAACGACCUCUAACUUAUGUUCAUGACGAUCCUAGUGAUUUAAUGAUAUUGACUCCAUCACAUUUUUUGUUAGGUUUCCGCAAUUGUGGGUUUUCAAUCGACAUUAAUAACCCUGAUAUAAAGCGAGAUGAUGUCCUUAAACAGUGGAAGCUACGAAACAAGCUUGUUAGAAAAUUUUGGGAUAGAUGGUCCACCGAUUAUCUUCAGCAGUUGAGAUCUGCCCAUACCAAUCUUAACGUGAAAUCUACAUCUUUUAAAAUCGGUGACAUAGCUCUUUUGCAUGACCAAAACAUGCCUCGUUUAGUAUGGAAGAUGGUUAGGAUAACCCAGGUAUUUCCUGGAAGAGAUGGAAAAAUACGAGCAUGCGAAGUUAUGUUGCCAAAUAGGACGCUCCUAAGAAGACCGAUUCAACUUCUUUAUCCUUUAGAAGUCACUGCCGCCGGGGAGGAUGUGAAAAAAGCGUGCACAGAUACUGCAAAAGCGAUGGCAGUGCAGGUGGUCGAUGGUAGAUUUUGGAACGGACGUGAAUCUUCGUCAUCGCUGGACCUGAGAUAA